UUUCUGUGUUGGGUGGCUUCCCUGGUGGAGCUUUUAGUAUUUACAUCAAUAUUAUCUGAAGCCUGUCCUCCGCUGCUGUCCUCCACAGACAGCCAGACAAAGAUUCCGCCUGUGGGUAGAAAAGCUUCUCAUCUCUGUUUCUUUCUUAUUUUCUGUUGUUGGUUCCAGUCACGGCUUCUUUUGUGCAUUUUGGAGCUGUUUCCUGUGAUGUUGGCGAGUGAUAUCCGUCUGCCGUGUGCACUGCAGUGGUGCGCAGCUUCGCCUGGAGAAACACCUGUGCGCCGGUCUCUUCUACAUGCCCACAGUCAUGAAUGUUGAGUAGAGAACCGAUAACCCUAAGGCGUGGUGUCUGUCUGCAUUUGUCUGAAAGAGCAGGAGAGGCAGCAGCAGAAAUACCACACGGCCAGACACCAUGCAACGAGAAACCUUCACUCGCUGCAAAGUGCUGAAAUGUUGGGCCUGAAGAGCGAGCGCGUCAGAUUGAAUCAGCAGACUGUUUCCAUCAUGGAGGGGCGAUAAGAGCUGCUUGACACUAGACCCGUGGCCCUGCGUGUGAGUGUGCGUGUGUGGUUUACGGCCACCUUUCAAUCACAAUCAAGAAAAGACACAUUCACUGAUCCUUCCCCGUCAUCGUUUCGCGUUUCCUACCGAUUCAGCAACCCAGAAACGAGCCAGAAUGGAGUGGUCACUAGAGAGUGUGAGGGAGAUGGUGGCUGGAGGGAUGCAGUCUAUAAGGGAGUGUGAGAUCUGUGCUUUUGCCAUAGCCAUGUGUGUGCUGCUGCUGUUUAUGUGGUACUGUUAUCGGGUGGGCCGGGAGCAUGGCUCUAGCCCUCUGCGCGGGAGGUAUCUAGCUGGCACGGGACGGAUUGGAGGUGUGGUGGGGGGCUUCAUGAGUUCAGACUGUCGCAGCAGGGGGAAGGGAAAGCACGGAUCCAUGCUGGAGGAGCAGAACGGCUUCGCUUUCUGUCAGUCGUCAGAGUGCUUCCGCUGCACCAGCGCUGGAGAGAGCCUGAACCAGAGGCUCUAUCACAGCCUGCAGGAAUACGCCAAGCGCUACACCUGGUCAGGGAUGGGCAGGGUGCACAAAGGAGUCCGUGAUCAAGGCCGGUACCUUAACAGCCGACCGACCAUCCAGCGGCCAGAGGUCUUCUUCCUGCCCGACCUGCCGUCAGCGCCUUUCUUCUCCAGGGAAGUGCAGAGACAUGACGUGGAGCUGCUCGAGCAGAGCUUCCCUGCACUCCUGGCUGAGUUCGAGAGCAUCUACCACCAGCCUCCGGGUCGCAGCGGCUCCUCCCUCCCGCCGGGGUGGAAGGCCAACAAUACUCCUCGCGGGCAGUGGUGGACCUACUACCUGGUCAACCAAGGCACCCCUCUGGUUCUAAAUGUCAGGAGAUGUCCCCGAGCCUGGAGGGUGCUGGGCCAGCUGCGCACCUUCAUCUCCAACAACGUGUUUGGGAACGCCUGCUUCUCAGUACUGACGCCCGGGGCGCUCAUCACCGAGCAUUACGGCCCGACAAAUGUCAGGCUCCGAUGCCACCUGGGUAAGAGAGUUCACUGAACUGGAACUAAUGAGUCUCAGUGUGAAUUUUAAGCCAACGCAACAGCAGAUGAUUUCAGUGUAUUUAUAAGGAACGACGCAGAGA